UGGUAGGAGGGAGCAGGGACUGCGGUCAUAAACAAACACACGCAGUACAAUCCUUACUCUCUUAUGGAGCUCUCUUCUGGCGCUUUGGCAGCACUGGCUGACUUUCAUUAAAGCUGAACGUCUUCACGGACCGAGCUUUAAAGUCAAUACAGGUUCGAAAAUAAUCCAGCACUUUAUCGAGAAAAAAAACUCAAGGAUUUGUAUCCCCGUUUGCCUCCCUCCCCCCUUUACCCGGACGGAGGCGGCUUAUGUGACACAUUAACGUCCCGGCAGCGAAACGAGCGAAACAUGACGGAGCUGAGGAAGCGAGGUGGAGGCGGAGGAGACCCUGACAGCAGCGACAAGGAGGCAGAUCUGGACGACAGGCUGGGCACAGACGGAGAAUGUGACGGUGACUCCAAAGCAGACACUCCAGAUGUCCCUCUCUCCACAGCGGACACAGAUAACACUCCACAAUACCUGAACAAAGCUCUGGAGGGCCUGCCGCCCAGAUGGAAGAACUACUGGAUACGAGGAGUGCUGUCUAUAGCCAUGAUUUCUGGCUUUUUCCUCAUCAUCUAUAUGGGACCCAUCGCUCUUAUAUUAAUUGUCAUGACUGUCCAAAUCAAGUGUUUCCAGGAAAUCAUCACCAUCGGCUACAGAGUUUACCAUUCCUAUGAGCUGCCUUGGUUCAGGACACUAAGCUGGUACUUCCUGAUUUGCGUCAACUACUUCUUCUAUGGUGAAACUCUGGCAGAUUACUUUGGGGCUCUGGUGCAGAGGGAGGAGCCUCUGCAGUUCCUGUCUCGCUAUCACCGCUUCAUCUCCUUCGCUCUAUACCUCGCAGGUUUCUGCAUGUUUGUGCUGAGUUUAGUGAAGAAACAUUACCGCCUGCAGUUUUAUAUGUUUGCUUGGACCCAUGUGACCCUGUUGAUUGUGGUAACUCAAUCCCACCUUGUCAUUCAGAACCUGUUUGAAGGAAAGAUCUGGUUCAUUGUCCCAAUCUCCAUAGUGAUCUGCAAUGACAUCAUGGCCUAUCUAUUUGGAUUCUUCUUUGGGAGGACUCCACUGAUCAAGCUCUCACCCAAGAAGACCUGGGAGGGCUUCAUCGGGGGUUACUUCGCCACAGUGGUGUUUGGCUUCAUCCUGGCCUACCUGCUGUCUCAGUGCCAGUACUUUGUGUGUGUGGGCUUCAACAGUGAGACCAACAGCUUUACAGUAGAGUGUGAGCCCUCUGAGAUAUUUCUGAUGCAGGAGUACACGCUCCCUGCUGCGCUGCAAAACAUACUGACAUGGAAAACGGUGAACAUGUACCCCUUCCAGAUCCACAGCAUCUUCCUCUCCUCCUUCGGGUCUCUCAUCGGGCCUUUCGGCGGCUUCUUUGCCAGCGGCUUCAAGAGAGCCUUCAAAAUCAAAGACUUUGCCAACACCAUCCCCGGACACGGCGGCAUCAUGGAUCGAUUCGACUGUCAGUACCUGAUGGCCACCUUCACACACGUCUACAUAGCCAGCUUCAUCAGGGGGCCGAACCCGAGCAAGGUGCUGCAGCAGCUGCUGAUGCUUCAGCCCAUACAGCAGCUCGGCGUCUUCCACACUCUGCACUCCCACCUGAGAGAGAGGGGCAUGCUCCCCCCAGCCGCCACUCCCCAGGCUGAAUGAGAGGCCGCCUGCUUCGCUGGGGUGACGACUGGAGAGUGUGUGAUGGUUUGGAAAGUUUGUGUAAGCUUGUACACACACACACACACACACACACACACGCUCUUAGGUAUGGCGUCAUCGUCAUCCUGCCGACUCUGCAUUCGACUUCCAACCAGCGCAAAAAUCACAACUUUGAACCUUUGGUGACUCUCCAGACUACUUGGGAAUACCUUGUAGUAAAAAAAGAAACACACAAUACCAACAAUAAUAAUAAAAAAAAAUAGGCUGCUUCAUUGCUUUUUUUUACGUGGACCUGCGCAUAAACUUCAACAUGCUUCACGGAGAACAGGCAGUCCCCACCCUGAAAAGGUACAGACGGAGCUGUUUUCUAGAACAAACGGACCCUUGAGCACGUGGCUUUCUUGGCGCCGGUGGAUGGCUGAUGUGCGGUUUACCUGUGGACGGCAAAUAUUGCACUGACUUUAGCUGAAGAAACACAUUUAAGAAGCUUUUACCAGCAGAAACGGGGCCCAAAGUGUCGCGGACCUGAGCUACAGCACACGGACUGUGGAGACUCGUCUUUCUGGUCUUGUCUGAAUACUGUAGACACUGUUUUAUAUACUCUGCUCUAUGUAAUGGUCCUAACCUCACAGCGUAACAAAACAUGUAGCAUGUACGCAAGUCCUGUUUUGGGCUACUGCUGAACUAAGCCAUGUUUAUUCUCUUCUUCCACAGCGUGAACUCUUAGCUUUUAGGUUUUGUCUGAAUCUAAAUAACUCGCACAACUUAAAGUCAAUAAAGAUUGACGGUAGGCAUGUUAACGCAGAAACUAGAGCAUCAGCACUCAAGUUAAUGGAUUUGUAUAUAAAUAUACUGAAAAUAUUUAGCUAAAUAAAUAUCUAAUACAUAUUCUAACUACUUGUGUGACCUGCUGAGGAAAAGAAAAAAAAAGACUUAAGCUAUGAGAAAAAUAUAUGCAAAACUAGAUAUGUGACUUGUAGCCUUUAGCAUGAACAAAUUAGAUUUAUGAGGUAGGGAUGUAGAUUUGAUCUAUGGUUGCUGAUUAUUUAAAGGGUGUGCUAGGUGAAGCUUUACGAGAGCGCAUAAAGGAUUUAUAGGAAUAGUUGGACAUUUGGGAAAUGCGCUUAACGUUCCGUUUAAUUGGUUUAUACCCACUCUGUAGCUGGAAGGUUAAAAGCAGAAAGAUUUAAGAUGUUUUCUAAAAUCUGCCUACCAACACGUUAAAAGUCACCAAUUAAGAAAAGCUAGCAUUGCCAUUUUAAAGGGGCCCUCAUAUGCCUUUUGAGUUUCCUUUCCUCUUGUGUAUUAUAUAGGUUUACUUGCAUGUAAAUGUUCUAAAAGGCUAAACUCCAUAAGUUUAGCCCCCCCCCCCUGCCUGAAACACCUCCACUUGACUCCUUUGUUUACUUCUGCACUGUUACACUCGCGCUUCUAUUGGUUAGUGCUCAAACAUAUUGAACGUGAUAGGCUAAGGGUCUUUAAGUUGACCAUUCACAUCUGGUUUCAGACGGAGGGUGAAAAGAGGUGCUGCAGUAUGAGAAAAUAAGACCUUUCUCAACAUAAGAGCAUGUGAAUGUGUCACAGUAGAGGCACAAAAUACAAUUAUGAAACCUUGAUAUGAGUACAAUAGGGUAGAAUGUUGUGGUGCUUAAAAUGGAUGAAUCCAUUACUUCAGAAAUGUAAAAUCAAUCUCUUCUCCUCCAUUCUUUUUAAUGUCAAUGCAAGAAUUAGGUAGAACUUUUUGUAAUUUAAAAAAAAAAAAGUAUGAUUUAGAGGCAAACAGGUAUUACGUUAUGCUUCCAGUCUUUAAUGCUAAGCUAGGCUAAUGGCCGCCACACUGGCCUAGAUACAGGAGUGCCAUAUUGAUCUCAUCCAUCUCUGGGACAGAAAGCGCAUUUCCCAAAAUGGUGACACGUAUUCCUUCAUAAAGACUGCUUCCGUUAUAAAAUGUAACCAAUGAUUUUAGUUGCACUGUAGCGCGGGGGGGGGGGGUGGUGGUGGUGGUGGUGGUGGUGGUGAGGAGAAUGCAUCGGACCACUCUGAAGGUUCCCGCAUCCUCGGACUCAGUGUGUUUUAAAUGUUUAAAAAUAACUAUUUUAAAAUCUUCUUAGGCAUUAAAUCUCUGUUAAAUUAUUACGUUCUGAAUGUAGAUUGCAAUAUAGGAUGUUAUCAAUGAUGACAGUGCUGUAUUUCCACAUAUCUUUAAGUAUAUACAAAUCGGACGGGCAGUGGUUUUAUGAGCAAUAUCUUAACAGUUUGAUUUCUUAGAACGUGAUCAUUGAAUUCCUCUGGAAAUCUGAGGCAUUCAUGAAUGAAGAUGAUGCAUAUAGGCGAGUUGAUUGGCAGCACCAUGCGGGCCGAUGAGAUCCUCUGAAUCCUUUAUUCAGAGAGAAAUGUUUACCAAAGCACUGUCUGAUUAUCACUGAUUUCUUUCCUUUGCUAACAUUUGCAUCUGUGGCUUGUGCAAUUGCUUUCACUCUAUCCUUCCUCCAGUGUUAACGAGGAGGAUGUUCUAAUUUAUUUGGUCAGUUUUUUCUGUUCAUGUUUCCCUCAGAAGUGCAUUUUAGGGUGUAUUCCCCAUAAGAAGUGAAUGGGGGUGCUGCUGGGUGGACUGUUGGGACCAGCUGUAUUGUACUGUAUACAUAUCUGACUUAAGCCUCUCUGUGGCAAAACACACACUACUGCUUCACACACUUUUCUGUGGUUGACCUUCACUGUCCAGCAAGAUGAAGUAAAGCAUGUAUCAACACGGACGGUGAUCACACUAAAGCAUUACGACCAAAACUCAACUCAAGACAGCAGGUGGCCAAAUGAUUUGGAUUAUUUGGAGUGUGCCACCGGAAUAACUAAACACUAAGUGAAUCUGUCAAAAGAUCAAAGCAUUUAAUGACUCUAAAGUGAUUUAAAACGUUUACAUUUUAAGGAUGCAAUAGGACUUUGAAACAUGGAAAGUAUAACAAAGUUAUACAAAUAUAAUCUGCCUCAAUUAAUGGUUAUUUUAAUUUUUAAAUGAAUACAUGUACAAUGUUCAACCAUUUAACCUGGUAGUAUUGAUUAAAUGAACAAUUCCAUUUAUUUAUUUUUAAUCAGUCGUUUCAUUGUUUUGUUUUUUUCUGUAAAUGUCAGGAAAAAAAUCCCUUUUGAGAAGUUUUGAAUGGAUAAAUGAGUACAUAAAAACAAUUGAUUAUUACAUUUUAGUUGAUGGUAUAGUUAAUCAAUCAGCUGUCAAUUUGUUGGAUAAUUGUAUCAGUAUAAACGGAAUAUAAAAUGUAGGUAGUUUCCAAACGCAUUUAUUUAAACCAACAUUAUUUAUUCUUAAAGGACAAACUAUUCAUUUGCAAAAAGAAACGGUUAAAUCGUUUUAAUCAAAUACAUUAUAACAGAGGAUUAAGGCUGAUGUGAUCAUUUUGGAGAUGACAAAGUGAUUUUUUUUAUUUAGAGUUUCUCAAUUUUGAUUUAAUUCUCAACAAAAAUGACUUUGGGUCGCAUUUUUAUAUAUAAAAAGAGAAAUAUCUGGCAUUAAUCGUCUUCCAUACAUCAUUAAUCAUUUAUUCCAACGUAAUUAUUUCAGUGUCACUUUUUAUUAUAAAUGAGAAGUGUAUUAUUACAUUGGCACAUUCCACAGAUUCACAGUUGCCGUUUGAAUUGGAAUGAAGUUGUUGUGUGGACUCAUUUUAUAUCUGUAUUCAAGUUAUGAAGGUAAAGCACAACCAUGAAGAUAGGAAAUAUAAGUUUUGUAACCCAAAUGUCAGGUAAUGAUGCACUGCAGAUGUUUGGUUCCUUGUUUUUUUUUAUUUAUCAUUUUGUGAAUAUUUUUGUUUGAUUUGCUUUGAGCAGGAAUGUUUUUCUAAUGAAAUCUUUAACUUUUGGAGGGGAGAAGAUCAGAAAUGACACGAAGUAUGCUUUUAAUAUCGGGGCAAUACAAAGUAAUGUAUAAAAACACAUAUUGAUAUCUUGUUGGGGAUAUUGUGAAGCUGUUUACUGUUUGGAGGUAAAUAAAGUUUUUUUUUCUGUAAAA